ACUGUCCUUAGUACACGUCGAAAACAAACAGACCAGACGACAACGUUUUAAAGCAAAACAGGCGCAAUGCAAUAAGCCCCGUGCGUCGAACAUUUAUCAGACCGCAGGUACCAGGCCAGACCUACCAUCUCCAGGAUCAGGCCUUGCCUCUUGCCACUGAUCCGCGGCAAAAUCGGCACCCGCAUCCGGACUCAAGCGACGAGAGCAAGAGCACGGGCAAACCCCGAGAAACGGAACUCGGACCAAAAAUGCUGGGUGGCAAGCGGACGGGAUCGCGGCACAUAGCCGUUGUGCUGCUGAUGUGCCUCUUCUGGUACGUGAUCUCCUCCAGCAACAACGUGAUCGGCAAGAUGGUCCUGAACGAGUUUCCCUUCCCGAUGACCGUGACUCUAGUGCAACUGUGCAGCAUAACGCUGUACAGCGGGCCCUUCUUCAACCUGUGGCGCAUCCGGAAGUACCAGGACAUCCCGCGCCCCUACUACUACCGCCUGAUAGUCCCACUGGCCCUGGGCAAGCUCCUGGCCUCCGUCACCUCGCACAUCUCGCUGUGGAAGGUGCCAGUUUCCUACGCGCACACGGUCAAAGCCACAAUGCCACUGUUCACCGUCGUUCUGACGCGCCUCUUCUUUGGCGAGAAACAGCCGACGCUCGUGUACCUGAGCCUACUGCCCAUCAUUACGGGCGUGGGCAUUGCCACCGUCACGGAGAUCUCCUUCGACAUGAUGGGCCUGAUCAGCGCCCUCAUCUCCACGAUGGGCUUCUCCAUGCAAAAUAUCUUCUCCAAGAAGGUUCUCAAGGACACCAACAUCCACCAUCUACGGCUCCUGCAUUUGCUUGGAAAGCUGUCGCUGUUCAUCUUCCUGCCCCUCUGGCUGUACAUGGACAGCUUUGCUGUAUUCCGCCACACGGCCAUUAAAAACCUGGACUACCGGGUGAUUGCCCUGCUUUUCGCCGACGGUGUCCUAAACUGGCUGCAGAACAUCAUCGCCUUCAGCGUCCUGUCACUGGUCACUCCGCUCACAUAUGCGGUGGCCAGCGCCUCGAAGCGGAUCUUCGUGAUCGCCGUAUCGUUGCUGAUCCUGGGCAAUCCGGUGACGUGGGUCAAUUGCCUGGGCAUGACGCUGGCCAUUGUGGGCGUGCUGUGCUACAAUCGCGCCAAACAGAUCACCCGGGGCCGAGAGCAGCCGACACUGCCGCUGUCGCAGAACAGCAAUGUAAAGUAUUCGCCACUGUCGCAGCAGACGGAUCCGUAUUACCGGGGAUCGGUCAACGGAAAACUAUCCAAUGGGCUGCACAGGGCGCCCGGGAACAGCCUGCUGGCGAACGGCAGCGGAAUGCCAAGCGGAACGGCCACGCGGCUGCUCUUUGUUUAGUUUGUAGUUAGUAAAUGUAUCCAAUAGACGGGUUAGCUGAAUAGAAUUAACCCGUGACCGCCACCACCCGAUCCCCGACUCUCUCCCCUUCUCUCUUUCUAUAUGUAUGUUUAAUAUAUAUAUAUUGAAUACGUUUGACUAAAGAGGCACAACUCUAAUUUAUAUAAUAUUAAGGACGAAGCAGGAUUUUCAAUUGUAUAUAACAAGGAACUUGUAAAUUUCUGUGUUUCAAAACAUUUGCUUCUAUGCACAACACAAUUAGAAGACAAUUGAUUUUUGAAACAUAUAAGUUUGUCUGUCUUAUUAGAUUGAUAUCAAAGAAGAAAGCAAGAUCUGACGGUGCUAAAACAAAACGGCUAAUGACUAGUAUUUAAAGUAGAUUGACUAAAAGAGUGUUUUAAUAUUGAAUAUUGCUGGAAUACUUUACAAACUUCACUUCAUGUUCUAUAAGAGUUCCAUGGAAGUCUCGAAAAGAGAAGAAAGACACAUUCUUACACAUUCUUUUAGUAAAUCAACUCGCAGAUGUUGUGCCGGUUGAGUCAAAGGUGCGUGAUAUAUGUAUUGUAUGUUGAUCCAGAACGCAAAGCAUUGCUGUAAAUUAAAUGUAUUUUGAUAUUGUUUCGGAGGCGAGGCGAGUAUGUAAAUAGGUAGUUUGAGUCCCCGUUUUCCAUAUCCCCCAUCGUCCAUCGCCCGCAAGUUUCGAAUUUGUUUUUGAAUUUGAUUAAGCAGUAAAGUGUAUUCAGACAGCGUGAGCGCAUGUAAAAUGCCGAAAUAAAAUUGUUGACCAUGUACAUAGGCAUAGCAAAUGCAAA